AUGGCAGAUCAAGGUCAAGCAACCCAGGGGUCACGGCUCUCACGAAUACCGAGACUCGCGAAGGCGAUACGAACUCCCAUACGCCGACCUCCAUAUCCGCCAGCUCAGACUAGCGAGGUGCUGACGAAUGCCGGUCAACAAACUAAGCACAUGCUCCAGUCCUCAAAUAGACGGGACGAAGACCAGUCAUUGUCGGACGAGGACGGUUGCAAUUUGCGCCUGCCGGACACGGACGACGAGGGAUUUUAG